AUGAAAAUAUUAAGCUGGAACUGCCAAGGGCUUGGCAACCCUUGGACAGUUAAGUCUCUCCGGGAUUGGUGCUGGAGGGAAAGGCCAAAUGUUGUCUUCCUAAUGGAGACAAUGAUCGAUUCUAAGAGUCUAGAGAGGGUUCGUAAUAUAUGUGGCUUCUCGGAGGGUAUUUGUCUUAGUAGUGCGGGAAAUUCGGGUGGAAUUGGUUUCUGGUGGCGUGACAUAAAUGUGUCGACGAGCUCCUUCUCGUCGCAUCACUUCAGUGCAGACAUAUGUGAUCAGGACAAUGUGGCAAUAUGGAGGGCGGUAGGUGUGUACGGAUGGCCGGAACAGGAAAAUAAGCAUAAGACUUGGUCUCUCAUGGCCAACAUUACAGCAAGCAGUGAGCUUCCAUGUCUUUUCUUCGGUGACUUCAACGAGAUACUCAGCUCAAUAGAGAAGGAAGGGGGUGUUGUGAGAGAGGAGAAAUGGAUGGAUGCAUUUAGGGGGGCUGUAGAUGUCUGUGGGUUACGUGAUAUGGGCUAUAAAGGUAGCUGCUUUACAUGGAAGAGGGGAAAAACCCCGGAGACGUUUAUAAGGGAGCGGCUUGACAGGUUCUUGGCGGAUACCGAAUGGUGUAAUCUAUUCCCUCACUUCUCCGUGAGGCAUUUCCCCAUAUAUAGCUCCGACCAUGCCCCUAUUUUGUUAGAUGCUAGCAACUACUAUGAGCGUGGAGGCAACGUGAAGGCUUUCAAGUUCGAGGCCCUGUGGCUGUCUAGUGAGGAGUGUGGGAAAGUGGUGGCGGAUGCGUGGGCUAGCUGUGUUGGGGAACAGGCAGAUCAGAGACUUUCCCGGUGUGCGGAACGGUUGACAUCAUGGGCUGCUGAUUAUUUUGGGAGCAUUAAGAAGAGAAAAAAGGUGGUAGAAGAACAACUGAAAAUAGCGCAAGCUAGACAUCCUGAUGCGACUAUGUUCGAGACUUGUUCCCUUCUAUCGACCGAACUUGAUGAGCUACACAGACUAGAGGAGUCUUAUUGGCACGCGCGAGCCAGGGCUAAUGAACUAAGAGAUGGGGACCGUAAUACGGCAUACUUCCAUCAUAAAGCCAGUCACCGCCGGCGAGUGAACGGCAUUAAAGGACUCCUAGAUGAUAAUGACAAAUGGUGUAGUAGCAAAGAUGAGUUGGAAGCUAUUGUCUCAAAUUAUUUCUCGGUUCUUUUUGCAUCAGAAACUCCUGUGGGGUUCGACGAUGCUAUGGCUGGAAUUACAAGAGUGGUUACGUGUGAUAUGAAUGAUAUUUUUGAUAAAGAACCAACAGCCGAGGAAAUAAAGGAAGCUCUUUUCCAAAUGCAUCCGAACAAAGCUCCUGGCCCAGAUGGUAUGCAUGCUUUAUUUUUUCAAAAAUUUUGGCAUAUUUUGGGUAAUGAUGUUGUUGUUUUUGUGAAAAAUUGGUGGAACGGAAGUAUUGAUUUAAAUGCAGUAAACAAAACUUGUGUGGUGCUUAUUCCGAAAUGCGAAAAUCCCAAACGUAUUACGGAAUUUAGGCCCAUAAGUUGCUGUAAUGUUCUCUAUAAAAUUAUCUCAAAAACCAUGGCAAAUAAGUUGAAACCAUUUCUGGGGAAUAUUAUCUCAGUCAACCAAAGUGCUUUUGUUCCGAAAAGAUUGAUUACUGAUAACGCCUUAGUGGCUUUUGAGAUUUUUCACUCAAUGAAGAGGAAGGCUGGGGGUAGAGAGGGGUCGGUGGCUCUGAAACUGGACAUGAAAAAGGCUUAUGAUAGAGUUGAAUGGUCUUUCCUGGAGCAGGUUAUGUACAAAAUGGGCUUUGGUGACAAUUGGGUCCGAAGGAUAAUGGACUGUCUAUCUAGCGUAUCCUUCUCUUUCAAGAUUAAUGGGAGGAUAUCUGGGUCCGUGAUCCCGUCAAGGGGGCUUCGUCAAGGUGAUCCAAUCUCUCCCUAUUUGUUCCUUAUUGUUGCUGAUGCUUUUUCUACUUUAUUAUCAAAGGCAGCCAGGGAAAAUAGGAUUCAUGGAAUAAAGAUUUGUAAUGGUGCCCCCAAAGUAUCUCAUUUAUUCUUCGCCGACGACAGUAUACUUUUUGCAAAAGCGUCUGUAGGUGAGUGCUCGGUUAUAGCUGACAUCAUCAGCAAAUAUGAGAGAGCAUCCGGUCAAAGUGUCAAUCUAGACAAAACAGACGUGGUUUUCAGCAAAAGUGUGAAUGUUAUUCGGAGACAGGAAAUUGUUACAACUUUGGGGGUAAAAGAAGUAGAAAAGCACGAGAAAUACCUGGGACUACCUACUAUCAUCGGAAAAUCAAAGAAAAUGGUUUUUGCAAGCUUGAAGGAGAGAAUAUGGAAAAAGUUACAAGGAUGGAAGGAGAAACUACUAUCAAGGCCGGGGAAGGAGGUUUUGAUUAAGGCGGUGGCACAAGCUAUUCCGACUUAUAUGAUGAGUAUAUUUAAAAUUCCCGAUGGUUUUCUUGAUGAAAUUCAUGCUCUAUGUGCUCGGUUUUGGUGGGGUUCGGAUGGUACAAAUAGGAAGAUGCACUGGCAUAGCUGGGAGACGAUGUGCAAACCAAAGGCUAUGGGAGGUAUGGGUUUUCGUGAUCUCAAAGUGUUUAAUCAAGCCCUCCUAGCCAAGCAAAUGUGGCGCCUUCACAAUAACCCGGGAACUAUUCUUCACUCUCUGUUGAAAGCGCGCUACUUUAAAAAUAAUGAAGUGUUGGAUGCUCGUAGGGGAUUUGACCCAAGCUACUCAUGGAGAAGCAUGUGGGGUGCAAAGUCACUGUUGCUAGAUGGUGUACGGUGGAGAGUGGGAAACGGCCAAAGCAUUCUGGUGUGGCGGGACAACUGGCUUCCUGGGAAUAAUGCAACACUUAGCCCACGUUCUUCCCAUGUGCCUGACCCCGACCUUCGUGUGAGUGACUUACUUGACCCCGUAUGUGGGGAAUGGGAUUCUAGCCUAGUGCAGCAGCUAUUUGAGGAUGAGGUAUGUGAACAAAUCUUCAAGUUACCUCUAUCUUGUUCCCUCCCUAGUGAUUCGCUCUUUUGGUGGCCAUCUAAGGAUGGGGAGUACACCGUGAGAUCGGGGUAUUGGUUGGGACGAAUGGGGCGGUUGAGGGUGGAGCUGGAUGGUAUGGAUGAGGAUAAUAAAGAUACCUGGCGGACAGUAUGGAGUAUUGGAGGACCACCUAAACUGGGACACUUUCUCUGGCGAGCUUGUAGAGGAAGCAUGGCAGUCAAGGAUGUCUUAUUUCGGAGGCAUAUAGCAGCUAAUGAUAUGUGCGGAUGUUGUGGUGUGGAGACCGAAUCAAUCAUCCAUGUUCUGUUCAACUGUACCGUGGCUAAGGAGACUUGGAGGGGGAGCCCAUUUGCUGAUCUCAUUAAUGAUGCCCCAAGCUCCAACUUCGCGGCAAGAUUGCUAUGGUUGCGUAGUAAGGUUUCGAGAGAGGAGCUGAAACGAAUCGCGGCAAUUGCUUGGGCCAUUUGGUAUUGCAGGAACAAACGUGUAUAUGACAAUGAACAGACCAACUGCCCUAUGGUUGCUGCGAGCUUUGUCAAGAUGGUGGAAGAACACGGAACAUACAUUAAAAAUAUAAGCAGCUACCGCCGCCCAACUAUGCCUAUUUCGGCUAUGACCUGGUCUUGCCCACCAAGGGGGAUGGUUAAAAUCAAUGUUGACGCCCAUGUUACUGCUACCUAUGCGGGGCUUGGAGUUGUGGUGAGAGAUGAGGUGGGGAAGCUAAUGCUCAUAGCGACGAAGAGAGUGAAUGGGGGUCUAAUGCCCGAUGCUGCAGAGGCAAUGGCAGCAAGGUAUGGUGCAGUGAUAGCACGGAGGUUUGGGUAUACUAAUGUAUGGCUUGAAGGGGAUGCACUUGCGGUGGCUAAGGCUGUGGAUGCAAACACAAAGGGUCUCUCCCCUUUAUUUCUGAUUUAUGAUGAUAUAGGUGAUAUUGGUAAACAAUUUAGUGCUUUUAUUAUUUCUCACAUUAGAAGGGCAGGGAAUACAGUAGCUCAUCUCGUGGCAAGAUGGGACACAAGGGGUAGUACGGAAUUAAUUUGUAUGAACUCCUUCCCGCAAAGUAUUAAUACUUUAGCGGAACUUGAUUUGCAAUAA